AAUUGAGACGUGAGUAACAACAUUACUUAAUGUUUAUGUCAAGGUGUACAGGUGGGUCUAAAGGAGAAAUAACUACUUCAAUAAUCUAUACAGUUAGAAGAAAAGUGAAUCGUUUAUUGUUACUUUCUACUUUUGUGACAUUUUAAGUGAAUAAAAUAGGUAAAAUAGUUCCAAACAGGAGAUGUGUAAUCCAGAUUAUGGUAGGAUUUUGGACAUUCCUUGUAAGGUAUGUGGUGAUUUUUCCUCGGGUAAACAUUACAACAUAUUCGCCUGUGACGGCUGUGCAGGAUUCUUUAAGCGGUCCAUAAGAAGAAACAGACAAUAUGUAUGCAAAGCAAAAGAAGAAGGAAGCUGUAUUAUAGACAAAACACAUCGAAAUCAAUGCAGAGCCUGUAGGUUGCAGAAAUGCCAAGAAGCUGGCAUGAAUAAGGAUGCCGUUCAGCACGAGAGGGGACCAAGGAACUCGACUUUGCGAAGACAACAAAUGUCAAAUUUCUUCAGCGAGGCCAGGGAGAGGAUGAUGGCGUCACCACCUGUCGGGGCAUUGAAUCUGGCCAUGCCAAAACCGACGACGUCGCCUGUCAUGGAAGGUCCUUUCGGAUUUGUGGGACCAGCCGCUGCUGGAUUUUUAUGCAAUUCGAUACUGAAUUUUCCUCGGUUUCCGUUACCGCUACAACCGAUAUCACCUCCACCAAUACCAAAUCCAGCAGUUGUAUGUGAGGCAGCGGCAAGAUUACUAUUUAUGAACGUCCAAUGGACUAGAACUCUUCCCGCCUUUACCUCGCUCUCAUUUUCUGAUCAACUCCUUCUUCUAGAAGAGAGUUGGAGGGAACUAUUCGUACUUGGAGCAGCUCAAUUUUUACCCUUAACGUACCUUCCGCAUUUAGUUCCAAAUUGCAGUUCCAUAGAAACUAGUAGUAGCUUCCUACAAAGUGUACAAGAAUUUCAAGAUAUCUUAGUUAAUAUUAGACAAUUUCACGUUGAUCCUCAUGAAUAUUCGUGUUUGAGGGCGACUAUUCUUUUUAAAACAAAUUUUGAUAAGGCCAGUUUGCCGGCAUCUACUCAACAUGAAAGAGUACUCAGCAAUCCUGCGAAAAUAGUGGCUAUUCAAGAUGAAACACAACUUACUUUAAACAAAUACAUAAGUACGACCCAUCCUGGACAACCUUUAAGAUUCGGCAAGCUCUUACUGCUUCUUCCAACUCUCAAAAAAGUUCCUGGUGAAACGAUAGAAGAACUUUUCUUUAGGAAAACCAUUGGCAAUAUUCCGAUUGUGAGGAUAAUUAGUGAUAUGUAUAAAUCACAAGCCAGUUUAUGAUUUUUCGAUUAUUUAUUAAUAUUUCUGCAAUCAAUACGUACUUUACUGUUAUACCAAAAUAGCGUAUAUUUAACAAAAACUCUCUCUCUAUUUAUUAAUAUUUCAUUAUUUUUUGUUUUCAUACACAUCGAUCAAACUAAUACAAUAAUAGAAAUGGAAUAUUUUGAAAGCAUUACUCGCCUGUAUAUCUUUAUAUCGCACCUCCGCUCAAAGAGUGUCACAACUAAAAAAAAACGGUUUUAUUGGACCAACAGUUUAAUAAAACUAGAAACUAUUAUCUAAAAAAUGUUACAUUUAUAGUUCAAGUAUUUGUCGUUAGAUGACACAAGCGUCAUUAUAUGAUUGGUGCCAAAAUCAACGGUGCACCGAACAUAAACAGUGUCACAUAUCGACUUGUGCAAAUCAUUUGUCCAACUAAGAUUUGUAUAGAGCGUAGUUUGUCGAGUUAGGACAGUAUAAUAUGUGAUUACUUUAUUAACAACCAGCUGCGUAUGGACUCAAGAAAAGUGACACAUUUAUCACUUAUUUAUCUUUCUUUUUGGACUAUUUUGUGUUUAAUGUAGUUACUUGUAUUUAAAGUUACAUCAUUAAAAAGUAUUAGUCCGUCAAUCAGGUAAUAAUAAUGAUAUUGUAUUCAGUACUGCAAGAGCCACUUUUGAUAAAUCAUAUUUCGUAAAUUUUUCGUUACUUUAUCUGUAUAGUGUCACAACUGAAAAAAAAAUAUUUUUUAAAUAUUUUUAGCAGAAUUAUUGCACUAUCUUGUAGAGCUUCAAAAACCUUUGUAACUGACUAAAACAGUUACAUAUUAUACAAAUUUUAAUAGUUUUUGCAUUCAACCCGGCAAAGUUCUAGCACACAUUUUAAAUUUCGUUUUCUCGAUACUUUGCUUUUUUGACUUAUGACACUGUUUGAGCGGAAUUAUGCGAUAUCAGAAUCGCUAUAUUUUAAAAAGUUUUUUCCACAUCUGUUGGUACCUUUUUGGGUUUCAUUGUUUUCCUUUUUCAGUUAAUAAAAUUCAGUUAAUAUUUAUUACGACAUUUUCUUAUGAUUUUUGAAUGUUUUUGUUUAACUGUUAGUAACAAUUUUUGUUCUUUCGUUCACACAGAAGCCGCUAUACAGGGUAAUCACCCAUUAAGAAUGUCCAAUCUUUGAAAUGUAGAUUCUAGACCUCAAAAUAUUAAGAUUUAACCCAAAUCAUUUAAAUAAAAUGUGGCUUGUUACUGAGUUACAGGGUGUUUUAUUUAAAAAUUUAAUAACUAUUUUUACCCAGGGCUUUAAAACUAUUUGACAUAAUAUCGUUAUCAAACUAGGCAAAAAAUAUAGGUACUGUAUAUCCUACUAAAUUAUGAUAAAUAAACUUUUCUGGCUACAACCAGAGGCGUACGACAGGGGAAAGUGAAUGGUUGACCCUUCGGAAAUUCUACGCCACUGGCGAAAUUGCUACUUUAGCACAAUAUUUCGAUUUUCCAAUACUUUCUAUGUAAGUAAUAUACUUUUCAUUCGUAACGUUAAAGUCAUUAGUUUUCGAGAUAUUUGAAGUUGAAAAUGAAACGGCAUAGCUAUUUUGAUUAAUGUAUUGUGCUCCUUCAUUUUUAACUUUAAAUAUCUCGAAAACUAAUGAUUUUAUCGGUACGGAUAAAGAGUAUAUUAUUUGCAUAGAAAGUAUUGGAGAAUCGAAAAAUUGCAAUAAAAUAGUAAGUCCGCCAGUGGCGUAGAAUGUGGGAAAGGUCAACCAUUCACUUUCCCCUGUAGUACGCCUCUGGUACUAGCCAGAAAGUUUUAUUUAACAUAUAUUAGUAGGUUGUACAGUAUCUACACUAUCUGCUAAGUAUGAUAAGGAUAUGUCAAAUACUUAUAAAAUACUGGAUACAAAUAGUUAAUAUUUAUGUAAUAGGGAUGUUUGAUUUAAAAAUUUAAAAAUUAUUUGUACCCAGUACUUUAAAAGUAUUUGAAAUUGCCGUAUCAUAGUUGCCAAAAAGUUUAGGCACUGCACACCUUACUAAUUUAUGUUAAAUAAACGUUUCUGGCUAUUACCAGAGAAUGGUUGAACCUUCCCAAAUUCUACGCCACUGAUGGAAUUGCCAUUUCAGUAUAAUUUUCAGAUUCUCCAAUACUUUCUAUGCAAAUAAUAUACUCUUCAUUCGUAUCGUUAAAAUUAUUAGUUUUCGAGAUAUUUGAAGUUAAAAAAAUGAAGGGGCACAAUACAUUAAUCAAAAUAACUGUAAAGUUUCAUUUUCAACUUCAAAUAUCUCGAAAACUAAUGACCUUAACGUUACGAAUGAAGAGUAUAUUAUUUACAUAGAAAGUAUUGGAAAAUCGAAAUAUUGUGCUAAAAUAGCAAUUUCGCCAGUGGCGUAGAAUUUGGGAGGGGUAAACCAUGCACUGUCCCCUGUCGUACGCCUCUGGUAGUAGCCAGAAACGUUUGUUUAUCAUAAUUUAGUAGGGUGUAUGGCAACUACACUUUCUGCAAAGUAUGACAAGGAUAUGUCAAAUAUUUUUAAAGUACUAGGUAAAAAUGGUUAUUAAAUUUUUAAAUAGAACACCCUGUAAAUAAGUAACGAGGCAAAUUUUAUAUAAGCGAUUUGGAUUAAAUCUUAAUAUUUUGUGGUCUAGAAUCUACAACUCAGAGAUUAGACAUUCUUAAUGAAUCACCCUGUAGAUAUACCUUUAUAUGGUGGAACAGAACUGACUCGCUUAUGGAAUAAAAUUAUUUCUGCCGUUGUUUUAAAAACGCUGAGACCCGUCGAUUUUUAUAUACGAGUAUAAAUCUGCGCUUUGUAAAUAAUACGUUUAAAUAUACAGGGGAUUCACGCAAGCCUAGCAUAGUCCAUAUGCUUAAUUUUUAAUGAAACACCCUGUAUAUUUUUAUAUUUUUAAAAGUUUCUUAACAACCUGAUCACAACCAACUAUAUCACGUGCGAUCUAUUAUGAAUAUAACAGGGUAAACAUUUUCAGAUUAUACAAGUGUGAAAACUACUUAUGGAAUAAAAUUUUUUUUUUAGCCCUUAUAUGAGAAAAUUGUAAAAAGCGGUGGUACACGUCAUUUUUUAAAUUCAAAUGUGCAAAUAUAAAUGUACAGGGUAGUUCACGUACUAGCAUAAUUUAUCAUCUUUAUUUUUAAUGAAACACCCUGUACAUUUUUCUUAAAAAACUCUAUUAUGUAGGGUCUAUUAUGGAUAAUACAAGUUAAAUACAAAAUUGAUUGAUACUAAGUUUAAAAGAUUUAUCUCUGUAUUUAAGUAAUUAAAAAAAUACCAUUAGUUAAAGUUUAUAAAUUAUUAAUUUCAGAUUAUUCAUAAUAGACACUACAUAAUUUAGUUUGUUAAGAUCAAGUGAUUAAGAAGUUUUGAAAAACAAAAAAAAUACAGGAUGUUUCAUUAAAAAUUAAGACGAUGGACAGUGCAAAACUUGUAUGAAUCAACCUGUGCAUUUAAAUUUAUGUUUAAAAACGGCACAUUUGAAUUUAAAAGUUGACGUGUAUCAGAGUUUUAUAUAAUUUUCUAAAAUAAGGGCACAAACAGUCUAAUUCAAUAAGUAAGCGGUUUCUACACUUUAUAAUUCCAAAAUUUCAUCCUGUAAUAUUCAGAAUAGACAUAGUUAUAAUUCUUUAAGAGAUCAGAUUCUUAAAGAGCUAUUAAAAAUAUAAAAAUAUUAUACAAGACGUUCCAUUCAAAAUAAAACUUAUGGACUAUUCUAGGUUUGCGUGAAUCACGUUGCACAUUUCAAUUUAUGUUUAAGGUGUGCAGAUUUUUAUAAUUUUUUAAAACAAGGACAGAAAUAAUUUUAUUCCAUAAGUGAGUUUCACCCUGUUUAAUUAUUAUUCCUAUUUCAGUUUAUUUUUCUUAUUUUAAAGCAGUACUAUUUUUAAUGUUUGACAUUCUUUUUAAGUUUAAAAAUAAUUUAUGUUUAGGAAUCUUUGUUUACAAGCUUUUAUUUUUUUGUUCUCGUUCUGUAACGGACUUUUCAUUCCAUCUUCUAAAGUUUAAGUUCUACAACUGUUUGUAUGCAUUUUUUGACUUCAUUAUUUAUUACACUCAGAUAAAGCAAAAUAUGUUAAACAUUGGUGCUCACAUUUUGUGGCAAUCUUUGUUCUACUUUAUUUCGACUUUCCAGCAAUUCAAAGUCUUCCAGUAGGGACCAGUAAAUUAAUCUUUAUCAUACCGUGAUAUCCUAUCUUUAUUCGUACUACUUUCGUCAAGAUCGUCGAUGACAUCAAUUUCUGCAGUACCUACGGUACCUACUGCAGUAGACAGACGGUACCUACUGCAGUAGACUACCUUUCUGCGGUACCUACUGCAGUAGACAGACCAGUCUGUCUUCGGUCAAAUUGUACGUUGAAUGCUCGGUCACACACGAUCAAAAUUUUUGUCAAUUAGUCGAAUUGGACAUAAUUGAACGACGUGGCAGUACCGUGAGUGACCGACUUUACAGUUCAAACCUCAAUUCAUUUGAAUGUUGGGUGUGAAAUAUUUUUCACGCUAGCGUGUGAUUUGAACCAACAACCUAGUCUAUUGCGUAUCUCGUUACUGAAGUAUGUCUGCCAGCCCACGAGUUUUUCUUUUGCGUUAUCUUAAUAUUUCUUGUAGACUUUGGUUUAUUUUGGGCCAAGUUUAAUUUCUUCUGGACAUAUCCUUUUCAUAGAACCAUUGAAAAUUUACAAAACUAUGCGACUACGACAAUAAUAAAGCCUUAUAAAAAUUUAAAAAAUAAUGUUUGACGUACUAGUUGUUUCUUAUAUCGAUGUGAAUGUUGAUUGAAAAUAGGCAAUAUUAAUGAAUAGACAAACAAAAAUAACAUUGAAAGGCUACUUAAUUUUAAAGUACCUAAUAGUAAUUACAAAAGUUAACCAGUAGGUACUACAUAAGUAAACUUUUGUUGAUAUUAGUAAAAGUAUUACACAAAAAAGUAUUUUAUGACAGCUUUAGUCUGUGAUGUAAAUAGAAAAGCAAUUUCAGAGGGUGUACACAAUUUAAAAAAUCAAAUAUCUCAGGCUUCGUAAUUUUUUUUUGUAAUUUGAAAUAUUCUAAUCUACUUGUUUAUCAAAUUAAACUCAUUAAAUUAUCUGUAUAUUGACUGUUUGUAAUCCAUAGCUAAAAGAGCAUGUCUCUGGAAUUGACUUAACAAUGGGAUUAUAUUAGAUUCCAAAAAAGCUUUAUUGUAAAUAAAAGAGAAAAUUUUUAUAUUUAUAACAUAUAAAUUCUGAGAAUUUGUUUUAAUUUUGUAAAAAUCAUUUGUUAUAUAAUGUGUAAAACCGCUGUGUUCAUUGUAAUAUAAUUAUUUAAUUUUUC